UAGAUAAGGUUCUUAUUAAAAAAAUUGAAUAUUUAAAAUAAAAAAAUAGGUGUUAAAAUGUAAAUAUUUAGUAUGUAAGUUUAUUUAAUGUUAAUCUAUAAUUUAUGAAGUAGUUUAAAAAUAAACUAUUUGAAAUGCAACGUUCACCUUCCAUCUUAAGAAGGUUUAUUCAUUGGGGACCAAUAUUGUCUAUUGUGAUAUAUAAACUUGUAACAUUGACAACACUGUAUUUUACGGAAAUUUGGUGGCCCAUUUUUGGUUCAUUGGGCGGAUUUCUCAAUCAAAUUCUCUUAUUAACUUUAUUUUUUAUUAGUUUCUCUUGUUACUUGAAGUCUGUGUUCAUUGGUCCUGGAUUUCUUCCACUAAAAUGGAAACCAGAUUAUGAAGAAGAUCAGGAGUAUUUACAGUUUUGUAAAAUUUGUGAAGGAUUUAAAGCUCCUAGAGUACAUCACUGCCAUAAAUGUAAUCGUUGUGUUUUGAAAAUGGAUCAUCACUGUCCAUGGUUGAACACUUGUGUAGGAUUUGCAAACUAUCCAUAUUUUAUAACAUUCAUAUUUUUUUCUAUAGUUGCCGCUAUUCAAUCAGCUACGUUGUUGUUUAAGACACUUUUAUUAGCAUGGAGUCAGUUUGGACGUUAUGUUCUUGUGUAUUUUCCUGUGAGACUUGUUCUCUUGUGGCUUAUAGCAUUUGGGUUAGAUAUCUGUUUAAUUUUGACCCUUAGCCUGUUAUUAUUUAUACAAGUUAGGUACAUUUUGAGAAACUGUACUAAUAUAGAAGAUUGGAUUGUUGGUAAAGCCAUCUCAAGACGUGAGCAAGAUCCAAGCAUACCAUCAUUUGUUUAUCCUUAUAAUUUAGGAAGAAUUAAUAAUAUAAAAAAUUUUUUUGCUAAAGGAGAUGGUAUUCAUUACCCUGUUUGUGAUGGUUGUGGUGAAUAUGAUUUAACAAUUGAACAAUUAAAUCAAAAAUUAAUAAAAGAGUCGUGGAAACAACCAAUGAAGGUAAUUAGAGAAUACAAUGGUCGUUGGUUUCCUUUAGUAUUUGGCAUUUGUACUUGUUGUCAGAUACCAUGGACUGAUGAAGCACGUAUUCCAUUAAAUAAAAAUGAUAUUGUACAAGUUACACGUUUUAGGAAAUACUGGAUGUAUGGACAAAAAAAUUUUUCUGAGGGACCUCGACAACGAGGGUGGUUUCCAAGAGUCUGUGUUACUCCUUUACCUUCCAAAAAAAGAGAUUAAAAAAAAAUUUAGUUUUAGAAAUUUAUUUUUCUAUUCUGAUAAUAUGAGUUUCUAAAACUAGUUUGUUAUGGUUUAUGUAUUUUAUUUUCUUAUAAUUAAGGUUGUGAAUUUAAUGCAUUUGUAUAUUUGUUUGUUAUUUUGUAUGUUAAAAUGGAUUAGACCAAAUUUGUUUUGUGUUAA